GCCCGGCGGCGGCGGUUCCCACGGCAACGGCGCGGUCGGUGCGCCUCUUCCGGCGCGGCGGGUCCCUGCGGCGGGCCCCGCGGCUCCCCCGCUCCGGCCAUGCUGGCCGACCGGGAGCAGGAGGAGGAUUUCCAGCGGUUCCUCCGCCGUGUGGACGAUAUCAGGAAUUUAGUGCAAGGCUUGAACUCCACAGACCCAGCUGUGCAGGAAAAAGCUAUUGCCGAAACAGAGAAGAGGCUCCACGAUCUAGAAACUUGCAAGGAGGAAGAAAGCAAGACUGUGGUGAACAGAACAGUCAUCAACACACAAGCUUCCGAUACGGCAAAUGCAGAGGCAGCGAACAGAGGCUUUCUGACUAUUUUGGAAAAGGAUGCGAAGGAACGAGCUAAACGAAGGAAGAGGAACGAACACUUAGCAAACGCUCUGAAGGAGAAGGGAAACGAUGCCUUCAGGAAAGGAGACUACGGCACGGCCAUCGAGAGAUACUCCGAAGGUCUGGAAAAACUGAAGGAUAAGCAGGAACUUUACACCAACAGAGCACAGGCCUACCUGAAGGUGCAUGAAUACGAAAAAGCCAUUGGUGACUGCGAAUGGGCAUUGAAGUGCAAUGAACAAUGCAUUAAAGCCUAUUUUCUGAUGGGGAAAGCUCACCUGGCACUUAAGCACUACAGUGAGUCCAGGCAGUGUUACGAGAAGAUCUUACAAAUCGAUCCCCGAAAGGAAAGCCUAUUCAAAGAUUGUGUCAACGAGGUAAACUUGGAGGAAGAAAGAAUGAAAGAUGAGGAGGCAGCAAGGACGGAGGUUCGCGCUGGGGAUCCUGCUGCUCUGUCCAUACAAGAGCUGCUGCAGAAGCUGCAGAGGCCCCGCCAGCACGUCCUGUACUAUACGGGGGGCAUCAGACUUUUGACAGGAGCCGUCAAAGGCCGCACUGAGCAAACUCUAUUUAGAACAAACAAUGGAUUCAGUAUCCUCAAAGACAACGAGGCUGUGAGACGGGCCUUCUGCACAGAGACUAAAAACAGUGCUGAAGUGGAUCUGUCUGUUUCUCUUCUCUUCCUUUGGCAAGCUGUCUGCACCGGGAACGAAGAAAAUCAGCAUCUUCUAUUGACUCACCCUGAUGUGAAUGCACAGCUGCCAAAACUGCUCUCCUCCGGGGUGCCGGAGAUCCAAAAGGAGACAUUGGCACUGAUUUCUCUUUACUCAGAGAAUGAGAACGGGAGGAGGCUGCUUGUCAGGCACCAGGACCUAUCAAAAUGGCUGCAGAUUUUGAUGACAUUUGUCAACCACACUGAUGCCAGGGCUAGCAGUGCCAUGAACAUACUAUCUGAUUUAACAGCAGAGGAAAGGUUCAAAACCCAGUGUCGUGUCAUGCUUUCCACGGGUGUUUUACCUUUAUUCACCCAGCUGCUGACCUCUGCCGCGCUGGUGAACCAGGCAGCCCUGGCCCGCUGCAUUGGCGUCAUGGGGAACCUGUGUGCAGACGUGGCCAUUCGAACGCAGAUGGCCGAGUGCGAGGAGUGCUGGCAAGCCUGCUUAAAGCUUGUGGGUGAAUACUUGGAUGUCAGCACACCCCAAUACCAGGAGUGUUUGUUUGCGGUCCUGGGCCUAAUGAUGAACUUACUGCUUGAAUCAAAUGUGACCAUCCAGUGCUUUGCUGUGGACGUAAGCGGCAGGUGCAUGUCUCUCCUUGGGGACAAGGACGGGAGGAUUGUGACAAGAGCCCUGGGAGUGCUGAGUCGCGUCCUGCCAGCAUCCUCCGCGGCGGUAGAAGAAGCGGUAAAAGGAGGGGUGGUGAAGAAAAUCAUCACAUUCUUGAAAGCUGGAGGACAGAUCACAUCCAGCUAUGGUAUAAAGACCCUUUCCAUCUGCACCAGAAGUAACAGACGAGCUCAAGAAGAUCUAGUGAAGGCAGAUAAAAGGUUCAGCGUGCUGCUGAAGCUCUUGGACUCGGAGAAUGAAAUGAUUGUGGGAAACGCCGCUUUCUGCCUUGGCCAGUGCCUUGGAGUUCCUGGAGCAGCAGCGUCCUUGCUGAACUCCAACAUCGUGAUGAUUUUGUUGAAACAUGCCGGUGGUGAUGCCACAAGAACUUCAGUGCAGCAGAAUGCGGCCAUUGCUCUGGGGAAGCUUUGUGUUGCUGAACCAAGGCACCUUCUUCAGCUGCGGAAACUGAACGGGCUGGCCAUCCUGAGCUCCUCCAUGAAAUACGUGCAGAGCACCUGAGCUCUCAGGAGAGCUUCCAAAUGUGCUGUUUGUGUCACUUGCCCUCGAGUGUUUUCUUCUCUAAUAAAACUAACUCAAAGCACAUCAGCUUUUCAAUCCCUUUUCCAAGUGCUUGCUGGUCCUCCAUAAGAGCCAGUAAAACAACAUCAAUAUAAGUACCAAGAGAAAGAAGUGAAUUUAUUACCUAGGCUAACAACUAAAACAACAGCCUGUGUUAAGCUUUGAUAAGUGAUGUUGCCCCUUCUCCCUGGUGAGUUCUUUGCUGGUUAACCAUUGACCUAGUUGUCUAGUUUACUGUCCAGUUUGGGUCCAGUACCCAGUGUAUUAGGAGAAAAUAGAAAUAAAUUGAGUUUUGACUUUGAAGAA